GUACAGAGCGGUUAUCUGAGUUACCGUAGACUUUGUCAGUUCGAACCAGUCUGGCCAUUCUCUGUUGACCUCUCUCAUCAACAAGGCGUUUCCAUCCACCGAACUACCGCUUGGUUUGCUCUUGAUUGUUGAAGUGAGUGAAAUCAUCAUGGUGAGAUCAAAAGAGCUCUCUGAGGCCUUCAGAAAGAAGGUUGUAGAUAUAUAAAUCUGGGAAGGGAUUUAAAAAAAUCUCCAAACAAUUAGAAAUCAGUCAUUCGACUGUCCGGAAAAUAAUUUACAAGUGGAGAACAUUUAAAACAACUGCCAACAUGCCCAGGUCAGGCCAUCCUAGCAAGUUCAGCCCAAGAGCAGACCGCAAGAUGCUUAAAGAAGUCUCCAACAAUCCUAAAAUGUCAUCUCGGGACCUACAGGUAGCUCUUGCCACAGUUGAUGUCAAAGUACAUGCAUCUACCAUAAGAAAGAGACUGCACAAGUUUGAUUUGCAUGGGAGGUGUGCAAGGAGGAAACCCUUGCUGUCAAAAAUAAAUAAAUAAAUAAACAUCAGGGCAAGACUAAAGUUUGCCAGAGAACACCUAGACAAAGGCCAGGACUUCUGGAACAAUGUGCUUUGGACAGAUGAAUCCAAAGUUGAAUUGUUUGGGCACAGUAACAGAAGACAUGUGUGGCACAAACCAAAGACAGCAUUUGAGCACAAGAACCUCAUACCAACUGUGAAGCAUGGGUGUGGAAAUGUCAUGGUUUGGGGCUGCUUUGCUGCAGCAGGGCCUGGCCAGCUCACUAUCAUAGAAUCCACAAUGAAUUCUUCAUUCUAUCAGAGGAUGCUUGAGGAAAAUGUAGGACCAUCAUUAAGCCCAGAGCCUGGAGUUUCUCAUCAAGCUUGGAGGGCACUAUGGUGUUGAAUACUGAGCUGUAGUCUACAAACAGCAUUCUCACAUAUGUGUUCCUUUUUUCCAGGUGGGAGAGAGCAGUGUGUAGUGUAGAUGCAAUGGCAUCAUCAGUGGAGCGGUUGUUGCGGUAAGCAAACUGCAGUGGGUCCAGUGAGGUAGGCAGCACAGAGCAGAUGUAAUCUCAAUUACAUCUAGUCUCUCAAAGCAUUUGCUGAUGAUGGGGGUCAGAGCAACAGGAUGCCAGACAUUUUAAGCAAGUGAUUUUGGAUUGCUUUGGUACAGGCACAAUGGUGGAUGUUUUAAAGCAUGUGGGGACUACAGACAAAGAGAGGGAAAGGUUGAAAAUGUCCAUAAAAACACCAGCCAAUUGGUUCACGCAUGCUCUGAUGAUGCGGCCCGGAAUGCCGUGUGGACCCGCGGCUUUACGAAUAUUCACCCAUCAGAAGGAUCGGGUUGCAUCCGCUACAGAGAUGGAGAGUGGCCGCGAGAGUUCUCUCCGUGAGGGCGGUGUUAUUUCCCUCGAAACGAGCAUAAAAAGUAUUUAGCUCAUCCGGGAGAGAGGCAGCGGUGUUCACGGUGGAGUUUUUAUUCCCUUUGAAGUCCGUGAUGAUAUUAAUUCCCUGCCACAUGCUUCUAGAGUCGGUGGUGUUGAACUGUCCUUCAAUCUUGUCCCUGUGCUGGCGUUUGGCUGCUCUGAUAGUUUUGCGGAGGGCAUAACUGGCUUGUUUAUGCUCUUCCGUGUUCCCAGGAUGUCCACACAUUAAGUGUCAUGCGAACAUCGCUAUUAACCCAUGGUUUCUGGUUAAGGUAGAUCUGUAUUGUUUUGGUCGGUACAACAUCCUCCAUGCACUUCCUGAUGAUGUGUUGAUCAGUUGAUGUGAACAUUAACUGAAGCUCCUGACCUGUAUCUGACUGAUUUUAUGCACUGCACUGCUGCCACACGAUUGGCUAAUAAGAUAAUCACAUGGAUGAUUGUUGGUGCCAGAUGGGCUGGUUUGAGUAUUUCUGUAACUGCUGAUCGCCUGGGAUUUUCACACACAACAGUCUCUAGGAUUUACUCCGAAUGGUGCCAAAAAACAAAAAAUCCAGUGAGACUUCAACUGUAUAUAUUUCAUUACGCUUAUGAGCGUGGUUUCAAUUGAACCACUCUAUUUUAGUCUAUCACUACCGACUAGCCUGGUCAAUUAUAAAAUGGGUUAACAUCGUUAGUUAAGUGUGUUGUUGUUGUUGUGGUUUUUUCAGUAGGGCUAACAAAUACAAUUAUGAAUGUUCACAAUGUAUUUUCAUUUUGAUUUUCAGGAAGAUAAUUAAAUAAUAUCUAUGAAGCAACAGUUUUCGUUUAUUAAAAAAGGCUGACAUUUUUGAAUUUUUUCUAUAUACCAAUUCAUGAGACAUUUAAGCUAUAACUUUAAUGCUGCCAUUAAAUGCUGUAUUGUUAGAUCGCCUUCUAUACAUCAAAAUGUAAAAAAAAUACAAUACAAAUAAUAAUUUAAAAAAUGUUAAUCAUAAUAACUCUCACUUUCUUCACAUGAAAUGGUGGUGCCAAAACUGUCCCUUAGUGCCUCCUGGCGGUGAUUUUGUGAACGUGUCUCACAUGUGAGAAUUUAAAGUUUUACCGCUGCGUUAAUCCCCGUGAUAGUAAGGGUCAUUCUGGUUGGAUACCUACUGUAUAAUUUGUCAGCAGGUACUUGCUGUGCUUUAAAGUUGUUCUUCUAUGCCCAUGUUGCCGUUUUUCACAGUUUUCUGUCUAUGUAUAGGCUGUAUUCAAAAAGAAGUUCCAGACCCCUCUGAAGUCAUUUACAUCAGGGUACAACUUGGAGGACUAUGUCAUUGGGAAAGGUUGCAAUCCAGCAGCCUAUGAAGCAGUGGCUCCCUUUGCAGCCCCUGAAGAGAAGGGAAAGUGCUCACUGGUGGAACUGAACCAGGAUGACACUGAAAAUAACUACUAAUGCACCCUGCGGCAGUACCUGGAGGUGUGUGCCAGACCGGAUGCAGGCCUCUCUCAUGUUGCUACAACUAAUGGAAGGGGUGGACCACCUGUGCGGACAGGGCAUCGCUCACAGAGACCUCAAAUCGGACAAUGUGCUACUGGAAUUUGACUGUGCUGGGUGUCCCAGAUUGGUGAUCACUGACUUCGGGUGCUGUCUGGCUGAAGACUUUGGCCUUAAACUGCCUUUCAACAGUCGGUGGGUUGGCAUAGGAGGAAAUCCUUGUCUGUUGGCACCUGAGGUCGCAACAGCAGUCCCAGGUCCAGGGGUGACGAUCGAUUACAGUAAAGCAGAUUGCUGGGCCGUAGGGGCGAUUGCUUAUGAGCUCUUCAGUCAGCCAAACCACUUCUACAGCUCACAGAGGCUGGAGAUUCACAGCUGUCAGGAAAGACAACUCCCUCCAUUGCCUGACAGUGUACCUGAUGAUGCACAGCUAGUAGUGAGGUUACUGCUAUGCAGAAAUAAUCACAAGGCAAUGCCUUCUCAUAAACAACCUCUCAUAUACCUUUGUACACUGGGCAAAGCAACUGGGUAAGAAACAGUCCCCUUUUGUUUGUUUGAAUCUAUUUUAAGGGUGUAUUUGUUAUUACACAUUUACAAUAUAGCGGUAAAUCUCAUGAAAACAUGUACAGGUCACAUUUCACCCCAGAUUCAAAUAUUUAUCAGGAAGAAAAUAAGGCGUGUUUUUAAGACAAUUUAUAUUAUUUGAGUUUUUAUGUAAUUCCCAUUAAUCUCAAUAGACAUUCUCAUUACUGGAAUACAUUUAAAUAAUAUACUAUUAUUCUUUUUCACUUAACUUUGAUGGGAAUGAAAAAAUCUAUGAAACAUAAUGUCACAGUGCAAAAAAAUCUUUAACAUUCUCAAAAACAGGCUUAGAUUUUCUUAAUGUGAAGUAUAGUCUUAUUUUUUCCUUUUGAUGUUAGGGUGAAAUAUGCCCUUGAAGUGUUCUUUACAGGUUUUCAUCAGAUUCUCCCAUAUAGAAACUCAAAAAAAAAUAAAAAAAUUAAAAUAAAAAAAACAUUCGGUACAAGAACUCUGGCUGAGAAGAUAAACCUUAUUUGACACAUUUAUGUACUAAUUAUUUAUUCGGCCAUCUCCAGCACCGCAGUGCACGGGUUGCCGCUAACAUGCUUCAUAUCAGCCGAUGGGGCAAGGCAAGCGUGUUCUGGCCAGUUUGGACCGGGCCAGAAUGGCUAAUAAUGAUCAACUGGCUGCUGUGUCAGUCUGCAGUGGUACUUCUGAAGGAUCGUGGGUCCAGUGGGAGCUCUUUGGAAAGUAAGAGGUAUUUUCAAUGAAAAAAGUCAUUUCAAGAGGCAGAGCAAGUUAUUUAGUUUUGAUACCAACAGUAACUUACAUU